AUGCCACUUUUGCCUUGUUCUCUGGAUCCAUUGCCCUUGAAGAAGCACCUGCCAGGUGAGAAGUUCAACUACACUGAGGCUACCAUGCUAUGCCUUUCCCUGAUGGUGCCCCGGACCAUCUGCCCCAGGCCCUUCACCAGCUUACCCCUCACCUGGGCACCAGGCCCCAGCUGCGUCCUGAGUAUCCAGCACACUGUCUGCACAGACCACCAUUAUCACCACCACCACCACCACCACCACCACUACCACUUCAGCCACGGCAGCCCCCGCCGGCCAGGCCCCGAGCCGGGGGCCAGCGACGCCAGGCUGGUGCGGGCCGGAGUGCCAGCCUCACCCGGGCACGGGCCCCCUGACGCCGAAUCGGUGCACAGCGUGUACCACGCUGACUGCCACGUGGAGGGGCCGCAGGAGAGGGCCCGCGUGGCGCACACCGCGGCCACUGCUGCCGCUGGGCUCAAGCUGGCCGCGGGGCUGGGAGCCAUGAACUACCCCACCAUCCUGCCCUCAGCCACGGGCAGUGGCAAAGGCGGCCUCGGGCCCAAGGCGAAGCGGCCUGGUGGCCCCCCGGGAGCUGGGGGGCACAGCCCCCUGAGGCUGAGCAGCCCGGAUCCCUGCGAGAAGAUCCAGCACCUGGUUGGGGAGCAUGCUGGCUACCUCUGGCUCACUGUAAUGACAGUGACAGGGUUCCGAUAG